AUGAUUUCUCGUCCAAACAUUCGUCUUCUUUGUCAAUCCUACUUUUAUAAAGAUCCAGAACGAUUAGCACAUUUGAGAUUGGAUCAGUUGGCCCUUCUUGUUCAAUUUUUAAAUAUACAUUCAUGUGGAUGUAAUAUAUUUGUAUAUGAAAAUACAUUGGGUUUGUUGGGUGCUGCAGUAAUGGAAAGACUAGAUAAUCAAGGCAAUUGUAUUUUUCUACAUCGUGGGGAUUGGCCCCAAUCAAUUCCUUGUAUUGAUGCAAUGAAUAAUCGUAAUCAAAACAAUUUUCUUCCUUUACGAAUAACUACACUUUUACAACCAGAUCUUCUUAAAGACGAGGAAGAAGCUGAUCAACAAAAAAUUCAACGUCGGCAAAAUUUAACUUCUCAAGAAGAAAUGCAAAAUAACUCAACAAUUAAUUGUGAUGAUAUAAAUGAACUUGAAGAAGAUACUUCUUUACAAAAUAUGCUUGAAAGAAGAGUUAAACGACGGGAAAAAGAGAAACGAGCAUUGAAUUUAUUAUCUAAAAAUUCAAUUAAUGGAGAUGAAUUGUUAAAUGAAGGAGAAUUGGAUGGGAUUCUACUUGCUGGAAGUUGGUUAAAUUCUUGUCUUUGGGUGCAUUAA